GCCAUUACCAUGAGUUUUUCAACUACGCUUCAUCUUUUAAGCGGAGCUUUUUGUUGAAAGUUGCUUAUAUUUAACGUUUUAAAAGAAAGGAAUUAUUUCUUUUGUUGACAGAUCCGUGAACGGUAGAACCAGUUCCUACGGAAUUAUUUGGUAAAUCUAGCUGGUAUCGUUUUGGAUGUAUAUAUCUGCAUUAUUUUGUGUUUCUAGCUGCCAUUGUAAAAAUGAAGAAUAAUUACGCUCCAGUUUCAGAUUCUGAUGACUCUUUCAAAGUGCUCAAUGAUGAAAAGUCAGAUGCUAGAUCUUUAGAUGGUACUGGUACGCCUCCUCCAUACUCAGCUCCGAAAAAAUUUAUUGAUUUAGAAAUGGCUGAUGGAUCCACUCAGCAUUCUGCCCAAGAGUCCACUAACAUUACUGGGUCGAAUUCGACAUAUUCAAAGUGGGUUUCAGCGAAUAUCUUCUUUUUUUUGCGUCUCUUGAGUACAUUGGGGCUUAUGGUUCCUGUGAGGACACAAGACUUUUGGGGACUUUUUGGCGGAUUUAUUGGAGCGAUAUCACUAUUUCUCUAUUCAAUGUCUCAAUUUCCUAAAGAAUGGUUCAAGCAAACUGGUAGAGUGCUGUCCUAUUUGUUCACGCAAAUUGGUAGAGUGCUGUCCAACCUGUGUGUCGCAGUAAUAUGUACGGCUUCUCUGGAUGUCACUUGUUAUUCCGUGUAUUAUUUUGUAAAGAAGAUAAUAGAAUUUGAAAAGAUGAACGAUAUUGCUUUCUAUGGUAUCUGCAUUGUUAACGUUGCCGUGUUUGUUUUAAUUUGGAGUACGACGGAUACGCGACAACUUCGAACAUUCAUUGCUGAUUUAGGAAACGGCAUGGGAAGCAUAGGAAACGACAUGCUAAACAGCAUAAAAAAUGCUGCGAAUUAUGUUCGACCGACAGAUCCAGAAAAUUAAGCACCUCGUAACGAAGAAAUUGAGCUUCAACCUUUUGCUGGGCAAAGCGCUGAAGUUUGAGUUUUAACGAAUCUUCUCCAUCCCUUCUAUAAAUCACAUUUUCUUUCGAAGAAUCCAUAUCAAUUGCAAUCCCUCGAGUUUCUGUAUUCUUGUCCACAAAAGUAAGCACAGCUUCAUUCGGCAGGUUGGAUUGCUUUUCACGUUCAUUCUUUUAUGUAUUUAAGAAUUCGUCUCGCAAGAGUGUUAUUUAUAAAUCGUUCGUUUUCUUUGUGAUGAACAUCCUUGUUAAUGCAACCUUUUUAAUGAUUAUUUAGUUGUUAUGACGAUAAUUUUGCAAAAUAAUCAACUAGUUUCUAAUUCAAAGCUGG